AUGAAGACCAAGUACACCCUGAUAGACGAGCAGGACAUCCCGCUGGUGGAGGGAUACUCCUUCGAGGCCCGGAUGGAAGUAGACGCAGAUGGAAAUGGUGCUAAGAUAUUUGCAUAUGCUUUCGACAAAAAUCGAGGAAGGGGCUCCGGAAGGCUUCUUCACGAGCUGCUCUGGGAGCGGCAUAGGGGAGGCAUCGCCCCCGGGUUUCAGGUAGUGCAUCUCAAUGCUGUGACUGUGGACAAUCGCCUAGACAACCUGCAGCUGGUGCCCUGGGGCUGGCGGCCCAAAGCUGAGGAGACCUCCAGCAAACAAAGGGAGCAAAGCUUAUACUGGCUGGCGAUCCAGCAGCUCCCCACGGACCCCAUCGAGGAGCAGUUCCCCGUGCUGAAUGUGACGCGGUACUACAAUGCCAACGGGGACGUGGUGGAGGAGGAGGAGAACUCCUGCACCUACUACGAGUGCCACUACCCCCCCUGCACCAUGAUCGAGAAGCAGCUCCGGGAGUUCAACAUCUGUGGGCGCUGCCAGGUGGCCCGGUACUGCGGCUCCCAGUGCCAGCAGAAGGACUGGCCCGCCCACAAGAAGCACUGUCGGGAGAAGCGGCGCCCCUUCCAGCACGAGCUCGAGCCGGAGCGAUGACCGGGCGCAGCUCCAGGCCUUCCUUGGACACCGCGGACUCGCUGGCGGUUGAGCCUGGCGGUGCAGAAGCCAGCGCCGAGCGGGCGGCGGAGGCCCCUCUCACAGGCGCUUUGUACUGUGGCACAGCGCUGCCCUGGAUGUGCUCCCUCACGUAGAGACAGCUGGGGAGGCUCCGCCAGGAUGCUUCUCGUUAUUUAUAUGUUAAUAUGUUUGUAAACUCAUGUACAGUUUUUUUGGGGGGAGGCAGUGGGAGGGUUAGAAAUCACAAAUAGAGUCAUUUGCUGUAAUCCUCAGACAGCAGAUGGUCAGGCCACAUGUCUCAGACUGUCAUGGAGCAGGAGCCGCUGCCUGGGAGCGUGGCCGCUGGGCGUGGCAUCUACAGGGAAAGUAAAGGGCGUCACCCCGCA